AUGACAAGAUGCCAAACCUCGUGGGCUUCGAACAUGACUGUGACCAUUAACGACCUGUUGACAGAUAAAAUGGCGGGGUGGUGUUCGAUUCGAGUGCUCGAUUGCCAGGCAGAACAUCGAUUCCUGAAUCCGGCGAUGCACCUGGCGAUCGAUGACCAUCCAGUCCCGGUCACGGGGAAUUCCCGCGAUGCCGCUUCGCCCGUGCAGGCUGCGGAAUUUCAGGCCACUUUGGGGGAAAGAGGUGGA